AUGAUGGAAGAUGACCAAGAUUCAGACGGAGCUCAAACGGUGGCGCCGUCACGGCGGGUGAAGGAGGAGGAGGAGGAUGGCCGAAAAGUGAAGGAUCAUUACUGUGUGGAGUGCAAAAGGAUAUUCAGCUCCGGCAAGGCAUUGGGAGACCACAUGAACAGUGCUCAUGCUCAGUCCAACAGAGAUUUCUUUACCAAGAAGUUGAAAUCCAAGAGGGAAUUUGAGGCCAUGAAUAGGGUUCCUUCACAUGUUCUUGAUGGUGAUCGGAUUGAUUCUGGGCAUAUGGUGAUGGUGGGUUUUAAUGAAUCUAUGAAGUGGCAGGUGACAGGUAAGCGCGGCCGGGCGGAAACUAAGCCAGUCAUUGAUUCUGCGUCUCUUCCGAUUUCAGAUGAAAUUCAAGCUGCUCUACAGCUCGUAAGCCUUGCCAAUGGAGAUUCUAUGAAACCUAAUGAAGAUCUGGAUUCCAAGGUUAAGGAAGGUGAAGCCACUCGCAGCAAAUUUAAGGGCAGCCGCGCACCAAUCAAGCCCGUCAUUGGGUUGUCGCCUUUUCCAAGUUCAGAGGAAUUUCUAAGGCUUAUCAAUGGAGAUUCCAAGAAACCUAGUGAAGAUCUGGAGUCUAAAGUUAAGGAUGGGCAAAUCGAUGAUGUUAAUCAAGACUUUCGAUUGAAUAAAAACGAAAAGGAGGUGUUUUCCCUUACUGAUGAAAGGAAUUCCCCAGUUAAAAAUCUGAAAAUCUUUGAAAGAGCGGAUGGAAAUUCUGGUAGUGAACAAUUCAGGAGAAACCUUUACAGUGGAAAUGGAAAGGGAAAACUGAAUCCUGGAUUUCAUACUGAAAAUUCAACAAAUGGCUUUAAAAAUCCGGGUGAUAAUCCUUAUGAAUUUGGUACUGAUGGCUCUAUGAUGAUCAAGAAGAUAUCAGUGAAUCCAGAAUUACCACUGGAUUUCAACCCUGUUGGACCGGAAGCUGAAUCUGUCCCACCGGCCGCGAUGCCUGCUAAAUACAUUUGCAGCACUUGUGGGAAGAGUUUUCCAACUUUCCAUGCACUGGGUGGGCACAGAUCAAGCGGCCACACAAAGAAAAAUUUCAAGAAGGAAGAGGAGAGGGAGAAGGAGGAGAAGAAGAAGAAAAAGAAGAAGAUGAAGGUCUGCAAUACCAUUGAUGAUACGUCUUCAAAUGGAGCUUCUUCUGCCAAGGAUGGGCCAAAAGCCAAUGCCAUCAAACAAUUGGAAGUGAACACUGUUAAGCUUCUGGAUUUCAGAAUCAUGCUGAUCAUGUUCCAUCCCACCAAGUUACCUCUACAGACAGAGAAAGAAGACCCUAAAGUUUUGGAGUUCAACCUCAAUGAGCUGCCUGACCAGGAUGAUGAAGAUGGGAUGGAGCCUGGCAAUACAGCUCGCUAG